AUGGCCAGUGAGUCUCAAGCCAUGGCAACUGCCAUAGGUCAAGCAAGUCCACUUCCUUCCUUACUUUUAGACUUCGUUCUUUAUGUUCCUGUCCCUAUCUCCCAUUCAUCUUCCUCCAUAGCUCCACCGCCUACAGUUCCAGUUGCAGUUCCACUAACUAUAGGUCCAGUGCCACCACCUAGUCCAGUUCCACCAACUAUAGCUCCAGUGCCACCACCUAGUCCAGUUCAACCUUCUACAACUCCACCACUCCUGACUUAUCAUCAUCGUCCGCCCCCAUCAUCAGGCCCAGCUAAUUCACGUCCUACACCUGACCCUGCUAAUACUACGGACUUGUCUCCUCUUAAUCAACCGAUUGCACUACGAAAGAUCCAGGUACUUCUGGGCAUGGCGGUUGCUAUUUGGAGUUUCAUCUACUUGGAGACUUUUGAGCCACCAGUACCACCAGCUAGGUCAGCGAGAGGACAGGGCUGCAGUAGAGACCAAGGAGUAGCUCGUACAACAGUUAGAGAAGCACCUAUUGAUCCACCAGUUGCUCCAGCUUAG